AUGACAGCAAAUGAUUCGUCAGAAGCAUUAUCUACGCUUAGAGGUCAAUGCAACAACAUUGAUGUUGUAAUCACCGAAUAUCAUAUGCCUAAUUUGAAUGGUGUACAAUUACAAAGAAGGAUAAACGAAGAAUUUGGAAAUAUGCCUGUCAUUGUGAUUUCAUCAGACAUGAACAAUGAAAUUGAGCAAGAGACUUUAUCUUCUGGAGCAAUGUGUUUCAUGAGAAAACCGAUCAAGCCAAACGACAUCGACACCAUAUACAAACAUGCUUUAGACUACAAGAUAAACGGUGGUUCAAAAGAAAUUCAGAAAACAAAUUCAACCAGCAAUCCAGAAGAUGGAAGUUCUGGAGCAAAGGCCACAAAGAAGUUUAAGAUCAUAUGGACGAGUUCUCUUGAGAAUCACUUUUGCAAAGCCAUUCAACACAUUGGUAAGUACAGAAAGUUUUUGAAAAAAGUUAAGGGUGAGAGCGUAGAAAAGACAAGAAGAGCUAUGAUCUCCAACAUUCAAUCAUCAAGCUACAUCAACCCACAACGCUCUUACAACUACAAGACAAGCCUAGGCAACAACAAUAUUUUCAAUUCCCAACGUGGCUAUGGUCUUGGUCAAUCUAGCCACACGAUGAACAACAAUGCUGGUUUUCAUGGCUCUGUCCACUGCAUGAACCGUACACCCACCUACAAUUCUCAAACUGGAUCCAAAUUUUUGCCUAGGAGAGGCAGCCUUGGGGUUUCAAGUGGAAUGUUUGCUUUAAAAGAGGAAAUGGGAAGCAUGUCCGGAACAUCUCAAGAGUAUCAAGCUCAUAAGUUUGGACAAUAUGGUACAAGAAGUGGAGUUUUGGGUAAGAAAUCUAAUCUUAAUACUGGAACAACGAGUAGUAAUUACGCUGGGCACAGAAUAGAUGAAAAGGGGGAUGUGUUUGGACCUGGUGGAAUAAGAGUUAAUGUCAAUGAGAAUGCGUCUCUUGGUAGAAUGAGAGUUACUGGUAAUGGUAAUGGUUCUCUUGGUGGGAUAAGAAUUCAUGCUACUGGUAAUGGUUGUUUUGGUGGAACAAGAGUUCAAGGUAAUAGUAAUGGUUUUCUUGGUGAAAUAAAAGUCCAUGGUAUUGGUAAUGGCUCUUUAGGUGGAACAGAAGUUCGAGGUAAUGAUAAUGGCUUUCUGAAUGAAAGAAGAGUCCGUGGUACUGGUAGUGGCUCUCUAGGUGGAACAAGAAUUCAAGGUAAUGAUAAUGGAUUUCUUGAUGAAAUACGAGUCCAUGGUAAUCAUAAUGGUUCUUUUGGUGAGAUAAGAGUUCACGGUAAUGACUCUUUUGGUGGACUAAGAGUUAAUAGUACCGAUAAUGGUAAUGGCUGUCUUGAUGGAGUUAUGAUUCAUGGUAAUAUCAAUGCUAAUGGCUCCCUUGGCGGAAUGAGAGUUCAUACUGGUAAUGGUAAUGCAUCUCUUGAUGAAAAUUUGAGUAGCAUGAACUGGAACUUCAAUAACAACAACAUGAGUAACCAUGGAAGUUCAACUUCAAGGUUUCCUUCUGCAUUGUCAUCGUUCUUUGACAAUAAGGAUCAGUCACAAAACUACCUGAAUGCUCAGACUGGUGGUGUGGUUCCUCAGCAAGGUAAAGUGACUGGUGAAAAUCCUGAGGUGCCUCCUGCUUAUCCUCUUGAAAACCUAAGUAACGGUAACUAUAAUGAAGAAACAUUGUACUCUGUUGCUAAUUCGGAAAUGUAUUUUCCUACUGAUCAGAAUAUGAUCAUUACAAAUAAGGAAUAUGGUGUUGAAGAUUUGAUGGAACUCCCAUUGUCGUUCGAUCAGCCUUUGUUCGACGCGUUCUUCGCCGCCUUGUUCUACCAUGCGUCGGCUCAGGGGUCAUCGAGGCAGCAAAAGGGGAACUCAGUUGUGGCGGCAUCGGCUCCGGCAAGGGGUACAGACGGAAGUUGUAUCGGGGAUCUUGAGUCGACUCAUCACGAGGCGAUGAUGGGCACAGUCGAUUUAUCUCGCUCCCAGAGGCUUUUGGUCGCAGAUGCUACACGGCUUGCGAGGGAAGGGAGCGAGAACGUCGUUGUGGGGGAUGCGACGGAGGUUCGCGCAGUGGAAGACGAUUCUCCGGAAGACGACGACUCCGAAGCCAAGUUGUUUCCGACGACCUUCUAUCCCGAAGGGAUUUUCGAGGAGCUUCCGCGACUACAUCCUGAUUUAUUGCGCCCUGCUUUCGUGGCUGGUCAAGAUUGGGACGGUGUGGAGGAGACUAAGUCGACCCUGAGGAGCGUGAAGAGGACUCUUCGGGCCAAGAACGCUACAGGCGUGACCUUCCUCAUUCCUACGAAGGAGCAAAGGCCUUGGUCUCCUCCGAUCACGUACCAGACAGUAUACGAGUCUUAUUUCCAGGAUGACACUCGCUGUUGGUUUCCCAUCCCGCGACUGAUCACCGCUUACGCUAGGCGGCGAGAUAUCGCGAUUAGUCAGCUACUGAACGGCUCGCUGCGACUAGCCGUCACUUUAUCAGUUCUAGCGGAGGAGAUUGACAUGCCGAUGAGCGUCAGGUCGUUCGAGGAGAUGAACUCGAUAACCGAUAUGAAGGACGGAACCUACUCGGUGAAGAUGCGACCAAACUGCAAUGUGUGCGCCGGUCAUCCAAACAAAACGCAGAAUUGGCAGCGUUCCUACUUCUUCAUCAAAUCCGACGACUCGGCUUUCGAGGAGCCUCCUCGAGAGGACUAUCGGGUCCUGUGGAACCGUUCUUGUGUUGGCCAUCCCACGUCUCCAGUCUAUCAUGAGGAUUUCCUGAAGAGCGUUCGAGUCGUCGCUUUGCUUCGGAUCUACCGUUGGUCCGAGAUUACCGUCGAGAGGAUUCGCAAGCUUAAGGAGCGGAUUGCUCGAAGAGAGUGGAGAUCCGACCUUCCGACCGUUCUUCCUAUUCGCACCAAGCGACUAGAGAUCUUCCCAAAGGAUAUCCAGAAGCGAGUCUCCGAAGCAAAGAGGAUGGGAACUCUUCCCGAUUUGAGCGCGAUGUUAGCCGCUCAGCUGGGACUGGUCAGCGAGGAAGGACCUUCGACGACGGUUCCUCGCAUUGGUGAGGUUCCCCCUUAUGGCGCUAGAAACGCGGGGAAGGGAGGCCUUGAAAUCUCGGGAGAACGGGACGACGCGGCGGAAGUUGGUGAAGGGGAGGAAUCUGAAAUUCCUCUUAACGCCGCCCGUCCGGACGGUUCUGAAGAAGACAGCGGAGAGUCGCUGCUUUUGAUCAGGAGACGUAACGACGAGGUUGGCGAUGAGGCGCGAUCUCCUAUUCUGGAGUCUUCUCGCGAGGGAACUCCGGUCCCUAUUGGGGAAGGGGUCGUUCAGGUCGGCACUUCUUCUCGCGGCUCCGCUAUUUUGAAGAGGGUGCCUGGAGUCAACUUUCCAGAUAAGUUUUCGUUUCACUACGAGGGACCGGCCCCUCUAUUGUACGUUCCUGAGAAGUGCGGAGAGUUCCUUCGCCAAUUAAGGGGGAGGGCGAAACCUUUGCCCGCUGUGAAGGACCUCAUCUUUGGAGGUGAAUACAAGGAAGCCGCGAGGGCCAAGCUGCUGGGGGAUAGAGCGACGAACGUCGUGAUCGACAAGUACGACACUGCCCUGAAGGGGACUUUAGGCGAACUCGAGCUGGCUAAGAAGGAGUGCGCGGAGAAAGAGGAAGCUUCUGCUCGCCAGCUGAAUGCGUCGAGGGCCGACGUCGAGAGGCUUAACGGGAUGGUUGCUCGCAUCAUUGCUCGAAGAGACGAGCUCAAAGCCGAGUUGGAGGUGUCCCGAGGAGUCGUUCGUGAGCUCGAGCGGAAGAACGCCAAACUUGAGAGCGAGAAGGUUUCGCUCGCUGCGUCUCAUGAAAGAGAAAUGAGGCGCCUUGGAGACUCCAGGAUCCUAGAAGUGACGAGGGAAAGAGGAAGAGUCGAGGCCGAGAUGGCCGCAAAAGCUAAUCGUCGCUUCACUAGGAUUUGCUCCCGAGAAGAGAGACGAGGUCCCUAUGAGGAGGCCCGGUUGCUUCAUAGCCAAGCCUUCGGAACCAGGAAAUGCCUUGAGGCUUUGAAGAGGGCUGGGAGCGACAUCUCGCAAGCUACUAUUGAGAUAUUCGCCGAGCAAGAGAAGAAGUACGAGGAGGAAGCUGAGAAGCUUAGGGUGGGCGAGGUACCCGAGAAAGAUCUCACACUUUCUCCUCUCGUACUUGAUUCUCAGUUUUGCUCGAGCGGAAGAACGCCAAACUUGAGAGCGAGAAGGUUUCGCUCGCUGCGUCUCAUGAAAGAGAAAUGA